AUGGACUCGCCGUUGGGUCCUCUGGAGUUACUGACAAGUGUCGGUUUUGAAAAGUGCACGACGGAAACGGCCUCCAAGAUCGCGUUCCUGGGAGCAGGAGGAGCUGAUCCGUAUUUCCGCAAUGGAAGGGGAGAAAGUUACCUUCGUCAGAUACUCGUAGCGAGAGCCAAGUACUCUGGAACGAUGUACGAAAGCCUUGUCACCAAAGCGCACGAUGGGCAGUUGAAGGAUGUGCUAAUGCUCCUGGUCACUGCUGGUGCCGAUGUUUUUGCGGUGAACCGUUCAGGGGAGAGCGUUUCAGACGUGGCAAUCAAGUUAGGAUACAGUGUCGAGUGGAAGGAAACUCUGGAGGAGUGCGGCUACGAUGUAUCGAACGUUCUCAACCACAGCGACGAGCAUGAUGAGGUCCCUCGCCAGCACCAGCAGCGCCAUUUACUCACAUUCGCUGAGUAUCUCCAAGAAGUCUACAGAAGAUAUUACAGAACGGCUGUACCAAAACAUUUGCGCAUUAAAGAGAUGGACAGCAGCGAUAGCAGUGACAGCGAGGAGGAAGAAGAUGAGGACGACUUUGGCGAGCAAGCCGACGGCAACUCUGACGCCGAAAGCUUCCACACGACAAUGGAAUCGGCCAACGAAGACACUUGA